ACACUAGACAAUUUGAAUACGACCAUAAUGCCUCCCAAACGGGCAUUAUGGUCUGAAGAAGACCUGGUGUCAGCAGUUCGAGCUGUUCAAAUGGGAAUUCUGAGUACGUAUAAAGCUGCUGAGAGAUAUAAGGUCCCAAGAAGAACCAUCAGGAAUCAUCUCAAUACUGGCAGUUUGAGAAAAUUACUGGGUCGGAAAACCAUAUUGAACGAAAAACAGGAAGAUGAUCUGGUGAAGAGGAUUAUCAGGUUUUCUGAAAUAGGAUUGCCCGUCAUACCACGCAUACUUCGUCGCUUGGUCUACAAAUUUUGUGAGGCUAAUAACAUAAAGCACAGUUUCAAUGAAAACACUAAACUCGCUGGCAAGGACUGGUUUAAAGCUUUCAUGAAAAGACACCCUAAUUUAUCUAAAAGAAAAGCUCAGUUUAUGAACCCGGCGCGGGCACAAAAACUCAACAAGUUCAUUGUUGAUGACCAUUUCUCAAAAAUAAAAGCAGUUUAUGACGAUUUGGACCUGAAAAAUCAUCCUGAACGAAUCUACAACAUGGAUGAAAAAGGUUGUCGAUUAACGAUCCACCACCAACAAACUGUUUUGGCUCAGAAAGGGGCAAAACGAGUGCAUUUGCAGUCUUCGGAACACGCAGAAAGCGUCACGAUUGCGGGAUGUGUAAAUGCGCUCGGUACUGCCAUACCUCCAAUGGUGAUAUUUAAAGGGAAAAGGCUGAAGCCGCAAUUACACGAUAAUUUACCACCGGGAACUUUAAUAGAAAAAUCAGCUAAGGGUUAUAUGACAAAUGAUCUUUUCAAGGAAUUUUUGAAACACUUAGCCAGAUACAAAAGUGCUGGAAAGUGUCUUUUGAUUUUUGAUGGAGCAGCCUGUCAUUUAGAUCUGAGUAUCGUCGACGUCGCAGAUUCGUUCGACAUAUCCUUAUACUGUCUGCCAUCGAACAGAACACAUGAACUUCAGCCGCUUGACAAAGCAGUUUACCGUUCAUUUGAACAUCACUGGGAUGCUGAAGUCUUAUGUUUCUUGGAUCAAAAUCCAGACAAGAAGCUAACCAAGGCGCGAUUUAAUGUCAUACUUUCUAAUGUCUGGUCCAAAUGCAUGACACAUAGUAACAUAACCAGUGGCUUUAGAGCCACUGGUCUGUUUCUUUUGAAUCCUGAAGCAAUUCCGGAAACUGCUUUUGCUCCGUCGGUAUUAACAGAAGUUCCAGCACCGAUGGUACCAGAAAAUCAAGAAAACUUGCACCCGAAUUCUCCCAGGCCAUCGACUUCAACAAGUUUUCAAAAAAAUUUAGAUUUCAGCAAUAAAACGCCUGUUAAAAGAAGUGAGACGUCUGCUACAACAUCUGAUGCAAUAGAGCUGACGCCAGCCAGGCCUACCGGAAGGGACCUUCACCGUUUGGUUUGUUUUUCAGAUUCGGACGAUGAAGACGAUGUGCCGCUCUCUCUGCUGAACAAAAAAACGCCUAUUUACCAACUUAUGCCAACACCAGUGAAGAUUACAUAA